AUGUAGGUCACCAAACUAACACACCUGCUAUAUCACUUACAGCAGUUCCUGAUGGAAACGCGUGUUUAGAGCAGAGGGAAUACACUCUACGAAAACGUAACGAGGAAUGUCUGGGAAUAAUGUUGUUAGUGAGAAUGUCCCGGAGACUGAAGCCACGCCCCUCACGACGACCCUCGGCCCAGAAGAGAAGCAGGCUGUGGGAUCACAGUCGGAGUACGAGCCGGUGACGGUGUGUGUGCCAGCGGAGCUGCCGCCGGUGGUGCCCGUGACGGGCGAGUCGUUCUGCCAGUGUCCAGCUCAAACAGAGCUCAGCUCAGACGCCCAGAUCAGCCCCUACACCCUCAGCUGCACCUGCGGAGAGGAAGAGCAGGGGUGUGAUUGGGUUUGGGACGAGGAGAGCAAAUCAUCCUCGGUGUCUCUGAACUGCUCUGACCGGAAGGUGAGCUUCCACUCGGAGUACAGCUGUGGAACCGCCGCCAUCAGGGGAGCCAAGCCUCUCAGCGACGGACAGCACUUCUGGGAAAUCAAGAUGACAUCUCCCGUCUACGGCACAGAUAUGAUGGUUGGUGUCGGGACAUCAGAAGUGAACCUGGAUCAGUUCAAACAUAGUUUCUGCAGUCUGUUGGGCACAGAUGAGGACAGCUGGGGUCUGUCCUACACAGGUCGCUUGCACCAUAAGGGGUCAAAGGUGAACUUUUCAUCACGGUUCGGUCAAGGGUCCAUAAUCGGGGUUCAUCUGGACAGCUGGCACGGCACCCUGAGCUUCUAUAAGAACCGCCGCUGCAUCGGCAUAGCAGCUACUCACUUGCAGAAUAAGCGUCUGUAUCCGAUGGUGUGUUCGACUGCGGCCAAGAGCAGCAUGAAACUGAUCCGUUCACAUUCUGCGCCCACAACAUUACAGUACCUGUGCUGCAUGCAGCUGCGCAAAAUGCUGCCCAACUGCGCAGACGCUCUGCACGUGCUGCUGCUGCCGCCGGGUCUGCGUCUGCUGCUGUCUAAGCAGCUGGGAUGGGUGCUGACCCUCGGCUGCGCAGACGCCUGCGCACACAACAGGGAAGACAAGGCCACACAAACAGAAGACGGCGACUAUGAUGAAUACAUGAGCCCCUUUCCUUCCCACAAUCCCUCUGACACCGAACGCGUCUUUAUUUCUAGUUCCUUCUCUGAUAACCCUGGCUCUUACCGCGGUAAAGAUGAGCCUCUUGAUUCUGCCUCCAUAUAUCCUACUUCCUGUCCAGAUGAUGCACAAUAUCAAGAAACCGUCUCCAUAAUGGAUGUUACCUGUUACCUUGAUUCCCCCUCACCUUCUGACCUCUUCUGUGGCUCUGCCUCCAGCCCUGACCACAAUUCCCUCCCUGACCCUAAAUUCCAGCAGGUAUCCGCUUCCUGUCCUUGUUGCGACUCGCCGGUAUCUGUUUCCAGUGACGGCUGUAAGGGAAAUGAUGCCAGUUCUGUGUGUAAACCGGAACACACCGGUUCUUGCAUUCUAUGCUCCUCCUACACUCCACCAGGCCACGCCUCCUCAUGGCCUGACUCCGCCUCUGAGAGUGACUCAGAUGACUUCUCUUCAGAGCUCGAGACGUACCAGAGGAAACGCUGCCGCUGGACAUGAGACACCACGUUUACAUAAUUUGACAUGUCCAAACGGGACGGUGAGUAACAGCACUGCUACUGGC